GGGCGAUGAGAGACAGGCGGGUAGAUCCUCAUCAACUUCCUGUUCCUGUCGGCGGCAAAGCGUGCUUCUAGUUUGUCAAGCUAAAACGUUUUUGUGACGAAGAGAUAAUAAACUUCUAAUUUAUUUUCUGUUAAAUCUAAGCUUAUUCGAUCAAAAUGAGUUUGCCGCUGAACCCAAAGCCUUUCCUGAACGGCCUCACAGGGAAACCAGUGAUGGUGAAGCUGAAGUGGGGAAUGGAGUAUAAAGGCUACCUGGUGUCUGUGGACGGAUACAUGAACAUGCAGCUGGCAAACACAGAGGAGUACGUGGACGGAGCGUUGGCGGGUCACCUGGGAGAAGUACUCGUCAGGUGCAACAAUGUUUUGUACAUCAGAGGAGUAGAAGAAGAGGAAGAAGAUGGGGAGAUGAGAGAAUGAUGAUGAAGAGGAGUCGCGUGUGUGAUUGAACCCUAUAGUGUGUUUGUGUUUUCACCAUGUGAAACGAAACUUUCCAACAACUUUACGAUGAACCUCUUUUUUUUCUACUGUCUGUGAUGUAACACAAUAAAGUGACUGUUGUAUCAUUUCCUA